AUGGUCCUCCAAUCCCUCAAGUCUCGCAUCUUUGACGACGCAUCCAAGUACACCACCAAAUGGCUCCGCGAGUUACCCUACGUCAUUUGGGGCCUUCGCACCCAAAAGAGUCCGGCCACCGGCUACACCCCAUUCUUUCUCGUCUACGGCUCAGGGGCUGUACUACGAAUAGAUGUAGCCUUUGGUGCCCCACAGAUUCAAUACUACAAGGAAAGGGAAGCAAAAAAGAGUCGGCAGGUUGACAUCGAUAGCCGGGAAGAGCAUCCUGUGGCGGCCCUCAUCCAGCAUGUGCAGCACGAGCUGCAGAUUCAACGUUACCACGAUAGGAAUGUCCUGGAAUGCUCAUUCAACUUUGGCAACCUAAUGCUCCGCUGGAUCCAGUCCACCAAGGACAUGCACAAGUUGUUAGUCCCAAGGGAGGAGUCCUUCAUCGUUAAAGAAGUCAUCCAGCCUGGCACUUACCGGCUGCAGUCGGCGGACGGCUCAGGCAUCCCUAACCCGUGGAACAUUCAACACCUGCGACGCUUAUACCCUUAG